AAAGAAGACUUUGAAAAUCAAAACUUUUGGCAGAGUGCUUUGAUAGUGCCCCCAUUGCAACCCACUGUGGAACGCGGCAACGACUUGCUCGUACGAAUCACGGCACCCGCUGCGCGACUCACACCUCCCUCCUUCCUUCCACUCUCUCUAUCUCUCUCUAACCAUUUUCUUCUACUUAUCUGCGCACUUAAUUUGACUUGACUUGACUCUUUCUUUCUCUCUCUAAUAUUUCUUCUUCCUCAGGUUUUUUGUUACUUCUAAUUCUUCUCUGUAAUUUUUUUCCCAUUUACUUCCUCUCAAAAAUGGCUUCUCUUUCCCUUUUAUCUUUCACCCUUUCCUUCUUUAUCUUCUUUUUCUCUUCUUCUCUCUGCACCAAUUCUGAAGGAAAUGCUUUGCAUGCAUUGAGAAGCAGGCUUUCUGAUCCAACCAAUGUGUUGCAGAGCUGGGACCCAACUCUGGUCAAUCCCUGUACCUGGUUCCAUGUCACCUGUGAUUCCAACAGUCAUGUGAUUCGCUUGGACUUGGGGAAUUCUAACAUUUCUGGGUCUUUGGGACCAGAGCUUGCCCAGCUUCAGCAUCUACAGUACUUGGAGCUUUAUAGGAAUAACAUAGGUGGGAAAAUUCCUAAGGAGUUGGGUAAGUUGAAAAAUCUUGUGAGCAUGGAUAUGUAUGACAACAAAUUUGAAGGAGAAAUACCCAAGUCCUUGGCCAAGUUGAAGUCACUCAAAUUCCUACGGCUAAACAACAACAAGCUAACUGGAUCUAUUCCAAGGGAGCUCACCGCCCUCAAAGACCUCAAAGUUUUUGAUGUAUCUAAUAAUGAUCUCUGUGGAACAAUUCCAGUUGAUGGUCCCUUUUCUACUUUUCCCAUGGAAAGUUUCGAGCACAACAGGCUUAAUGGACCAGAGCUGAAGGGACUAGUGCCUUAUGACUUUGGAUGCUGAAGCAAAUAACAGCUCAGUUUAUUCUAUAGUUAAUCUUCCUACAAGGACUGUAAUGCUAAGGGCUAUCUAUAUGAUAAAUUAGAAGAGUGAUAUAUGCCUUAUCACAAUUUGUAUUUUAUGAUGGCUCAACACAUAUAUAUAUAUGUACAAGUAUUAAAGCAAGGAAAUAAGAUGGCUCAACAAUUUGCUUGCA